GAGCCAGGCAUGUAAACACAGGCGUGCAAAAUCAGUCUGCAGUGCUCACAAGGCUGGCAACUCAUCUGCAGCGGGAACGUCACGGGGAUCUGAAGGCAAAUCACCCUCGGCUCUGCCAAGGUUUGUCCUGCUGUCUCUUAGCUUAGUGAGGAAGUAAAACACUGCAAACAGCAGGAGCCUCACAGAGAGAGCAGCAACUGAAGGGAUCAAACUUCGGGGUCACUCAGGUGAUGGGAAGUGACUGUGCUCUGCUACAUUCACCUCUCUGUAGACUUGGCAGAGAAAAACUGCCCUUCCAUUGGAAUGGUUUCAGGGAUUACAGUUAAGGAAACGUUCAAAACACCCCAGCUGAUCAUGAAAGAAGCCACAGAGAUAGGGGAUAUUUUAAGCAUAAAAUUGCACAGAUCAAAGUAGAACUCUCCUGUGACCUGCUCACCUCAAGGACUCAACAGAAUUAGUUCCCAGCCAGUCGUGUACACCACUGAAGGAAAAUGGACAUACUGAACAGCCGCCACCUUUUGUACUUUCUGCCUACCACACGCCUUGUCAUCUUACUAGCAGCUUUGACCACUGCUGAGGAUGUGAGUAACAGCACUUUCAACCACACUGACACACACACGGGGUCUGCGCCUGUGGUCAUCUCCCACAUCGACCACAUCAUAGUCAAGGAGGGCAGUAGUGCCUUGAUUGACUGCAAUGUCCAAGGGAGCCCCAGCCCACGUUACAGAUGGUACAAUUCCAAUGGCCGCCUGCUCCAAGAGGAGGAGAGUAAAGGAAAAUGGUGGUUUCUUGACAAUGGGCUACUAAAUAUUACCCGCGUAUCAUUUGAAGACAGAGGUAAAUACACAUGUGUCGCAUCUAAUACAUAUGGCAGUGUUAACAAUACUGUGACACUGAGGGUUGUUUUUACCUCUGGAGAUAUGGGAAUCUAUUACAUGAUUGUCUGCCUUGUCGCUUUUACCAUUGUUAUGAUACUGAACAUUACUCGGUUAUGUAUGAUGAGCAGUCAUCUGAAGAAAACCGAGAAAGCAAUCAAUGAAUUCUUCAGAACAGAAGGGGCAGAGAAACUUCAGAAGGCCUUUGAGAUUGCAAAGCGUAUCCCAAUUAUCACAUCAGCCAAAACGCUCGAGCUUGCCAAAGUAACCCAGUUCAAAACCAUGGAAUUUGCUCGCUAUAUUGAAGAGCUUGCUCGGAGCGUACCUUUGCCACCUCUCAUCAUGAACUGCAGGACUAUAAUGGAAGAAAUUAUGGAGGUUGUCGGCCUAGAGGAGCAAGGACAGAAUUUUGUACGGCAGGCAGCAGAAGGCCAGGAGACCACUGAAACAGAUGAGCUUUAUAUGAUCCCAAACGCUUUGACACGCAGUGAAUCUCCCACAGCUGACUCAGACGCAUCGUCACUGCAUGAGCCACCUCAACAGAUUGCAAUAAAAGUGUCAGUUCACCCAUUGUCCAAAAAGGACUGCAUGGAUGGUCAGUCACAGGAAAGCGUGCAGUUGGACACCAAGGAAGAAGACACUCCUCAAACACCAGCACUUCCUGCAGAGCCCCCUCCUGAGCCUUCUGCUGAACUCAGUUCUGAUGACACAGCAUUGGCAAAUGACAAAAAUACAUGCAUUAUAUAUGAAAGCCAUGUAUGAUAGUUACUCCUGAAUCUAUGCAUAGCAGGAAAAUCAGGUGGAGCUCUUUUAAAAAUACAUAUUGUACUUGCCGCUAAGCCUUACCUGGAGACUAUCAUAGCAAAAGCAUGUAAGUGGAUUAUUUGGCACUUUCUUCUCAGUUUGAGUUUAGUUUACCAUGAUGUAUGGCAGACUAAUUGCUAUUACAUUAAUAUUAAUUGCUCUUUUUGAUUAGGAGUAUUUCCAGGAAACAUUUACCUCAGCAUUUUCUAGGAUGGAGUCACCUGUAGUGGCUCCUGGAAGUCACUGGUAGUCUUUGUUGUAGGACACUUGAACUUACUAAACAUAAAACUGGUUUCCAUUUUCUUCCUUCACGUUAUUUUCAUCUAUUGCAUUUUUGCAAAUAUUAACUUGUGAAUUUGAAAUAUUGCCCAAGAGGCAGCACUCCAGUAGCCAAAUAAAAUCCUAAUAGAUCCCAUUUACAAAGCCUGUUUGCUCAGCUGCAUUGUGAUUUAGAGGGCUAUUAAAGAAAGUUAAAAUGUUUCCAUUUCAUUUGAGACCACACUGCUUAGCCACAUGGGAAAUAGUUUCCCCUGCUUCAUGGAAUGAAGAUGCCAACAAUUGUUUGUUUGCAUGAAGAAACAGCUUUGAGGUGCAUAUUACAUAUGGGAAAGCCAUGAGAAAGUUGCAGUUCAACAGCUCUGCAGGAAUUUUUUGCAUACAUUUGAGCAUUUUCUAUGUUUCCAGAAGUUUAUAUGGCAAACAGCGGCAAAUAUGCAGGAUGUCUUGUUUUGAAGUAAUUUGGAAGCAGUAACUUGUACCACCUUACCAGAAGAUAUGCAGGUUACAUAACAGUCCUGCAAAUGUCAGUAAUCUGUUGAUAACAAGGCUGAAAUAGCAAAAUUCCCUUUUAUUUGGCUUCUUAAUUUUGAUAUUCUGAAAACCAAUCCUAAAUUCAUAUAUAAGCAUCAGUUUGAGAGUGUUGUAUCCAAAAUGAAAAAAAUAUAAUCAAGUGUCCUAUAAAAUUACAAAGACAGUCAUGCAAACUGUUAAAAAUUAUAUAAUUGCAUUGAGAUUUUGGGAACCUCCUACAUGUAGGAUGUUCACUGCUCAAGUACAUGUGACUCUACCCCAGUAAAGCUUUAAUGAUCGUAGCAAUUGUGGCAUUAAAAAGGAUCAACAUCUCUGCCAGGAAAUGCCAGGAGUAGAAGGGAAGUAAUAAUUUCUCUUGCAGAUAGACAAUAAAAAGUACCUUCUCUGCAGUGAGUCUGGAAAGAAAGCACUUACAAGGAGUUUGUGUAGGGUUAAUAGCAUAUUACUUAAUUACCUGACACAUUUAGUUUGGAACCAAUGAACAAACUAUCACCCUAUAGUGUUUAAGAAGGAUUGUAGUAUAAAUAUAGACACUUAAAUCUGGAAUCAAGUAUACUGUAGAAAAAGAAGUCUCUUAGGUCUAUGGGGAGAUGAUCCAUGGAUGCUUUCUGGACAUUUUAACAAAGCAGCCACAUCUCCAUAAGGUGUCUGUUGGAGGCAAUCAGUUAUAUUAACUGCACAGGUAAUCAAGACCAGACAUAGUCAAUGUUGCAGGUACAUAAAAGAACUCUUGAUAAUGAACUGAGGUCUUGUGUCAACUUUCUCAUGUUAAAGUGCAGAGCCUCACCAGCAGUGAAAUACAGGAAUACGCCAUGGCUUACAUAGGUGAUGUAGAGAUGGCUCCAUAUGUAUCUUUCUGUGGUUAUAAAAAAAAAAUGUAUAUGUUUAAUAAUGGUCUUCAGAUUUUACAACCAAUUUGUGAGAAAUGGCAGCAUUCAGGUGUCUCAUAUUUUUUUGUGCUCACCACAGUGGCAGGUUUCUACACAAAAUGCAUUUGCACAUGCCCAAAAGGAAACACGCAAGGGCAAAGUCCAUUAAGAAUGUGACCGGAAAUAUUUGAGUUCCAGCAAAGCAAUACAAAUGUAAGACAGAAGUUAGUUUAAAAGAAUACCUUAAAGAACCUCACUUCUGACCAGUGUGAUUGACAGUAGUAUGAUGUAAACUGUUAACUUCUUGUCUUAAUCCAAAGGACAUUUCUGUUGUGUUCACAUCAGUUUUUCAAGUUACUUUAUUUGCUUCUUAUAUGAAAAAGGACAAGGGCAGAAACAAAAGCAAGAACUUGCACUAAAAUCCUUUAAUUCACCUUAACCUCCUGAGAAGAGGUACAUUAAUGUUUCUGCCUGUCCAGCAUUUACAAACAAUGCCCAUGCAUUCUAAAGUUACCUACCUGGUGCCCAACUAAGAUUGCACAGAUAAGCAAGGAUAUUCUCCUUGAAAGCAUAAAAUGAACUUUUAAAUUACACUUUAUAUUUUUUUAAAAGUUAUAAAAAUAUUUAUUACAGUAUUUUAAUUUUAAUCUUUUUAAACUAUGAAGUUUUUACAGUAGAGAUCAGACCCUUUCAUGUAUGUCUAUAGUGUUCUGACCCUGACUGCUUCAUUCAGGCUGUCCUCCAGCCUCUUUAUUAUUUAUUUAUUGAGAAACAUUUGAGAGCAAACAAUCCCCAUGGAUUUCUUCAGUAUCGCUGUGUAAACUUCCUUGAAGAUACAAAUGAUGUUUUUCCCUAGAGGUUGCCCACAAAGGGCAUGUUUGAAGUACACACAAACGCACAUUGCAAACCACAUGCAAGCAACUGGUACUUGGAUUAGAUACAUGCAGUACCUGGAGUGCUGGAUUCCUGCUGUUGCAAGGUCAGAGGGAACCCUGAAUUUUCUAGACCUGGAGUCCUUCAGAGAUGAGAGCUCACAGGUAGGACUGCUCCAUCCAGUCUGGACAUCUAGCUUUGUGUUAUUAUCAGAAUAAAAACUAAACAGCAAUGUAGCUGAAGAAAAUACAGAUUUUAUACAGAACCAAUGGUUCUGGUUUAUGUGGGUUUUUGGUGGUUUUGUGUCUGCUGCUCAGUGUCUUAUGCACCCAUUAUAUGACACUUCUAAGCCUAAAGCUUUUUAUACACUUUCAGGAACUUCCUUUGUGGAAGACAAAUGGGAAGCAAGACCCAAACCUGUCUCCUGUUCCAAACUUUCUGGCUGUACUAUUAUAAAGUAUGCAAUUGUGUCUUGCAGUAUUUCUUAGCAAAUGGCUAUUUUAUGGUCUGAAAACACAAUUAACAAACAUAAAAUUAAUAAUGGCUCUAAGAAAAUAUUAAUGUUUGCAUUGUUACACAUUUCCAUGCACCUUAAGCACUUCAGGGACAUUAAUCUGUUCCCAUCAUUGGACUAUGCACACUUUUUGUUACAAUUUACUAUUUAUUGUACCACCAAACACUAAUGGUUCUUAAAACACUCAGAAUCUGGAAAAUCCAGUCCAACUGAAAUUGCAUUCUAAAAGCAAAGGAUCACCAAGCCAGGCUUAAUAAGGAAAAGAGAUUUGCACAAUUAUAUUUACACCAUUUUCAAACAAUUUUGCCAAACUUCAUGAAAGAUGACUAGAUUUCUGCAGCAGAAGAAAUCAGUGUUGGAUUUGAAUUUCACACUUACUAUUCUUUUUCCGAUAAAUGUAAGACCAUACUAAUCAGACCAUUUAAACACAGUAUUCAGUACCUUUUUUCUCAACAUUUUCUUUCUGAGCAGCAUUUGUUUCCUGCUGAUCCUUUUUUUGUUAUCUGGUUUGAGCAUGUUUGUGAUGAAACCUACCCUUCUGGGGUUUUUUUUGUCUGUCAUAUAAAAAAUUUAAAAGAACCCCAUAGACCAGCAUUUUGUGCAGGUUUGUUGGUACUUGGUAAGGCACAGAAGUACACUUCUGCGCUUAAAAAUUACUGUAUAAUCAUAAGACUUGCGAAAUGGCAUAUACAGGCAGAUGUUGAUUUUUUUUAAAUCAGUGCCUGUUUUAUUCUAAUGUAGAUAACUAUGUCAGUUCCUUGAUUUGCAGUUACCUUUUGACAAAAGUACUGUAACAUAUAACCAGGGCUUUUUGACUUUCAGUUUGGUCAGAUUAACUAAUUCUAGAAAGUGUUAACAGUGUCAGAUUUUCAAAGUUCUCAUGGGAUAUCUUGGAAGCAUGCUAUUUUAAGAGUUGGCCUCUUAAGUAUGCCAUAUUUAGUGGGACAACUGAAAGUUUCUUAGAUGCAAUGGAAAUGCUUGCACUAAAGUCUUGUAAGUUAUAUUUCAUUUAUUAUGAAAUCCUUUUUGAUUUUACAAGAAAUGUAAGACAAAUAUGAAUGUGUUCUUUUGAGAAGCAGUUGGUGUAUUUUGAUUUAAAUAACUGUUAUGAUUUUAUAACUCACGGCUGUAAACCACAAAAAGAAAAGUUCAUGCUGAAAUGGCAAAAUGAAAUGUGAUGUAGCUUGUACAUUGAUCAUUGUUUCAAUAAAGAAUUUGCACAGAGUA